UCAUAAAACUGUCAAAUCCACGUGUAGUGCUAAAAGAAAACAAACGUGAAAAUAGUAGUUUUUCCCGAUUUUCCAGCAUGAAGAAACGUGAAAUAAAGAGAAAACACAUCAGGAAGAGCGUGAAGAACUAUUUGCGCUCGAAGGAACACAUUCCCAACCAGGAUAUCAGCGAGGAAGAUGCCAAAUACUUCCUGGGCAUUCUGAAUGUGCUCCAGGAGGAUUCUGAGGUGGAGAGCAAGGAACUCCUGGCCACGAAUGUCAUUGAAUUCACCAGAGGACGCGAGGUUUUGCUGGCAUCGCAUCAGAUUGCGUCGAAGGUGAUUGAGAACCUUCUUGAGCACUGUUCAGAUGACAAUCUCGCGGAGUAUCAGAAAGCCUUCAAGGAAGACAUCCGGACGCUGUGCGCCAAUAGAUUCUCAUCACAUGUCCUGGAGAAACUCAUCUCUGUGUCGGCGGUGAGAGCCUUGCGUGAAUCCACGGCUGAAGAACCUCCGGAAAAGAAGAUGAAGGAAGAGAAUCAGAGCAAAUUCUUCGUGGAAUCUUGCAGUAAAUUCCUCCUGAACAAUCUGGAGGAGUUUGUCUGGGACACGUAUGCCAAUCACGUCAUCAGGACAUGCCUGAAGUCCCUGAGUGGUGAAUUCUGUGAGGGAUUUCAAGUGCCAGAAGCCUGGCGAGCAAUUGCCCAGGAAUUCGUGAGUCGCCUUCGCGAUUGGCCGUUCUUCUCCACGUUUCCCUACUCAGAACUCACGUCAGGACUUCUUCAGGCUCUGGUUACUGCAUUGCAGCGUAUCGACAAGAACUCCUUGAAGUCCUUGGGCGGAUUCUUCACUGAAGAGCAGUCGAAAGAGGAGGAAAAUGAGAAGAAACUCCACAAACUCUUCUCCACUGAGAGCUCAAUCAGAUUCCUGGAAGUUCUCAUCGCUUCGGCCGGAAAGAAGCUCUUCACGAAGAUCUUUCUGAGGCUGUUUCAGGGAAAUUUCCUGGAAUUGAGUCUUCUCAAGUCGGCUAAUUUCUCUGUGCAGAAAAUCCUGGAGAAAGUUGAGAAUAAGGAUGAAUUCAGCGUUUGCUUUGGCGAACUGGAGGGACACUUUGGGGAGAUCCUGCAGAUUGGACACACGGGAGUGAUUCUGUCACUCUGCCAGGCGUGCAAGCGGCUGGAGAUGAAUCAGCAUCAGUUUGUUAGAGGUGUCCGGAAGGCUCUAGAGUGUCCUAAGGAGGGAAAUCUGGUCACUUGCAUCCUCAAACUCAAACCUCAUGAGAAGAUCCUCGAAGACUCUUCCACAUUCAUCCAUCUUCACGGUUCUCUGAUCCUUCAAGACUUGCUGAACUUCCGGAAACCCAUUGAAAUCAUCCAAAGCGUCCUCGCCAUCGCGCCAGAUCAACUUGUUGGGCUUCUCAACACUGCCAAGGGCUCUUUCAUUGUUGACGCCUUCUUCUCCUCACCUCACGUUGGCGAGAAGUCACGCGUGGCGUUUGUGAAGCAUCUGCAGAACUUCUACAUCGAUCUGGCGGUGAAUAAGUUCGGUUCCAGAACCGUUGAGAGACUCUUCGAGGCGUCAGCGCCGGAAGUGAGACAGAGAAUUGUGGCGGAAUUGACGGAGAAGAUGAAUAAGCUGCAGAGCACGCAAUUUGGCUUCAUUGUCAGCAAGAAACUUCACGUGGAGGAGUUCAAGCAGAGCCAGAAGAGGUGGAUUGGCGUUUAUGGAGGAAAUGUGGCCAAUAAAAAGAAGUAAAAG